AAAGUGACUAGGAGGGGCUGAGGACGGGACGCAGGCGGAAGAAGCUGCUGAAGAAGCUUAACUGAGUUGAAGUCACACCAGCAUGAUGAGCUGACAUACUGUUGGACCACAACAAAAGCAUAUUCAGGUCUCUAUGCCCAUGUGUGACGUUUUUGUCCCGUUUUGGAUGUGAGAGGUGAACUUGGUCGUCCUUCACAGGAGGAGCAGUGGAUCCACCAAGAGACGAACCAAGGAGGACAAGAUAACGAUUUAACUGAAUCUUAAGAGCUUGAAAAGAAAACUGGAAGAGACUGAAGCUCAUCUUAAACACACAACGAGAAGGAGAAUCUGUUUAGGGUUUGCAAAGCUGAGCUGAGUCCAAACCAAUCCAAAGGCUUGGACUUGUUGGGAAAAAAUAUCAGGCAUUACUGCUAAGUGGAGUCUAACAGUAGGCCACAAUCCACCUGAAAACCACAAGAAAUUCUCUUCUGACUCACAUUUUGGCUUUUGAAAGGAAAGAGUUUGUUCCAAGCGUGCCAAGAUGAUGACCAUGAUGAUGAUGAUGGCCGCCAUGAUGGUCACCUGCAGCUCUCUGUUCCUGCUGGGCCUGGCCGCCGCCCAUGCCUCCUCUGGCACCAUGACCCGUUCUUCCUCUUCCUCUUCAUCCUCUUCCACUUCUUCCUCCUCCUCGUCUUCGUCCUCCUCACCUCGCAUGAAGCUCUCAUACAAAGAGUUGCAGCAGUUCCAUGGAGUGCGACGGUUCGAGCUGGAGCGUUCCUGCUGCUUCAGCGCUCUGCUGCUGGAUGAGGAGAGAGGCCGACUCUUCGUCGGGGCCAAGAACUUCCUGCUGUCGCUAUCAUUAGACAACAUUGCCAAGCAGGAGCACAAGAUCUACUGGCCCGCUCCCGUCGACUGGAGGGAGGAGUGUAACUGGGCCGGCAAGGACAUCACGUCCGACUGUGUAAACUACGUGAAGAUCGUGCACCACUAUAACCGCACCCACCUGUAUGCCUGUGGAACCGGGGCCUUCCACCCUACCUGCGCCUUCGUGGAGGUGGGACACCGGAUGGAGGACCAUGUGUUCAGGAUUGACCCCGCUAAGGUGGAGGACGGCAAAGGGAAGAGUCCAUACGACCCGCGCCACAACGCUGCAUCUGUACUCGUCGGUGAUGAGUUAUAUGCGGGCGUGGCCACAGACUUAAUGGGACGAGACUUCACCAUCUUUAGGAGCCUGGGGAAGCGCCCGUCCAUCCGCACCGAACAGCAUGACUCACGCUGGCUCAACGAGCCGAAGUUUGUUGGUUCCUUCUGGGUCCCAGAAAGUGAAAACCCUGAUGACGACAAGGUGUUUUUCUUCUUCCGUGAGACGGCGGUUGAGGCCCAGGGGCUGGGGAAGUCCACCUACUCCCGCAUCGGACAGCUCUGCAGGAACGACAUGGGCGGUCAGCGAAGCCUCGUGAACAAGUGGACGACAUUCCUGAAGACCCGUCUGAUCUGCUCGGUACCAGGGGCCGACGGCAGCGACACGUACUUUGACGAGCUGCGUGAUGUGUUCCUGCUGCAGACGAGGGACAGAAAGAACCCUCUGGUCUACACUGUCUUCUCUACUUCCAGCAGUGUAUUUAAAGGCUCAGCUGUGUGUCUCUACUCCAUGAAUGACAUCCGGAGGGCCUUCCUGGGGCCCUUCGCACACAAAGAGGGGCCCAACUACCAGUGGGUCCCCUUCCAGGGAAAAGUCCCCUAUCCCCGCCCAGGAAUGUGUCCCAGCAAGACAUUCGGCAGUUUUGAGUCCACGAAGGGUUUCCCAGACGAUGUGAUCCAGUUUGCACGUCACCACCCUCUGAUGUAUAACCCGGUCUACCCAAUGAGCCGACGGCCCGUUUUCGUCAGGACUAACGUGGACUACAGCUUCACGCAGAUCGCUGUGGACAGAGUCGGCGCUGCCGAUGGGCAGUAUGAUGUCAUGUUUAUUGGCACAGACAAAGGGACGGUACUAAAGGUGAUUAAUGUCCCCAAAGAGAGCUGGAACAACAUGGAGGAACUUCUACUGGAAGAGCUGGAAGUCUUCAAAGAUGCCUCAUCCAUCAUCAACAUGCAGAUCUCCUCAAAACGGCAACAGCUGUAUCUGGGCUCAGACACAGGCAUUGCCCAGGUUCCUCUCCACCGCUGCAGUGUGUAUGGGAAGGCCUGUGCUGAGUGCUGCCUGGCCAGAGACCCAUACUGCGCCUGGGAUGGAACGUCCUGUACUCGCUACCUGCCAAACACCAAGAGACGUUUCCGUCGCCAGGAUGUAAGGAACGGUGACCCCAACACCCUGUGCUCUGGAGACCACCAUAAGUACCGCGUUGCAGAGAGGAAGCUGUAUGGAGUUGAAGGAAGCAGCACUUUCUUAGAGUGCAUCCCCAAAUCCCUUCAGGCCAGAGUCACCUGGACCUUCCAGAAACAUCCGCAGAACCCACGGGAAGAGGUGCGUCUGGAUGACCGCGUCCUCCAGACAGACAGAGGCCUUCUGAUUCGCCGUGUCCUGAAGAGAGAUAUCGGCAUCUACCAGUGCCACGCCAUGGAACACGGCUUUACCCAAACCCUUCUCGGCAUCACCCUGGAAGUUGUACCUUCAACAUCCUCCUCAGUCUCCAACCUACCCUCUGAUGCCCCUGUCCGAUUAGACCCCCGUAGCGGAGGUGGGCCUCCAAUGACCAAUCAAAAGCUUUGGUACCGGGACUUCAUGCAGCUGGUGGACCACCCUAACCUGAGUACCGUCGACCAGAUUUGUGAGCAAGUUUGGGCGCGGAAGAAUGCCGGCAGUGACCAAGUGGAUAAGAGCUUUCCUGCUCAGGGGAAAGAUGUCCCGCCUCUGAGCCCCGCUACCCUCCCAGCCAACAAGAAGUGGAAGCACCUUCAGGAGAUAAGAAAGGGGAGAAACCGUCGGACCCACGAUGGGAAACCGAACCCUCGGGCACCUCGCAGCGCAGGGGAGUAAACAGCACAGAGAAAGAGAUGGAGGGAGAAAAGAAUGACUGAUACUGGAGAAAGGAGGAGAAUGAUAGAAACUGAGAUGAACCAUGAACUCCUGGAGGUGCUCACACAUACAGAUACACCCGCGCACAUAAAAACACACGCAGACACACACGCAGCACCUCCUUUAUUGUGUAUAUUUAUCUAUGGAUGCCCCCACUAUAUGGUACCCCAAUCCCUGAGUCCUGUCCCACUGGCCAGCCCCUGCAUGUGCCGCCUUACUGCCCAAAUUGAUUCUGCACGAUCCCUUUACACUGUUCCACAAGCGUAGUCGAGUGUAAGCAGGUACGCGGGAGGGAAUCCACCUUCAUCUGUGCGCAAUAAACUUAUACUCACCUGUCAUCCCCUUUGCCACUGACUGUAUAUGGAAGCUGGGUUCACAGCGCAGGAUUACCGCAUACUUUGUUUGCCUACUGCACGCCAGCUACAGAUGUUAUGUAGCUGGAUAGUACGAACACCCACUCUCUGGACUACACCACUCAAAAAGAAAAAAAAAAAAGUUUUGGAUGAACACUCCUCACGGCUUUUCUUACCUGAAAAUUUCCUACCAAUGUAGAAAAAUGGUGCACUUGAGUGCCGCACAUAAUGGGAAGGAAUGGAGAAACAUGACAACUGGAAUAAACUGAAGAGUUAUGGUCUCUAACUGGAAACACGUUUAACUAUUGACGUGCACGAGCAUGUAAACAAACAGUUUUUUAAGCAUUAUUUCUACACAAACAGAUGAAUUUCACUUCCUGUGGCGCUCUUGCUGCACAUAUUUCCAGUAACCUAAUUUUUCUCGUGGUUUUUGUGUGCAUAUCACAUAAUGCAGUCACGGAGUAGUUAGAGAUGCCAGCAGCGUGGGGCAGCCUGUGGAACAGACCAGCAUGUUGCAGAGCUGGUUAUAUUAUAAAGUAGGUUUUUUUCUUCCUUCCGUGGCGCAUUGAGGCAUGUUGCAGCAAAAUAGAUCAAACAACACGAUGCAGCGAUGGUUGGAGAGCUGUCGUAUCUGUCCAGUUAUGAUUACAUUGCGUUUCUGGUCCAAACCACUAGCGAUUGAGGGGUGGAAAACUACUGGCAUUCCGUGAUGUGAGAGAAAGAUGAGAUGUUUACAGUAUUCAGACAAAGCUGGAACACAAAGAAGUCAAUCUCUAAAGGCAAAUAAGACCUGGAUUACAUCUGCACAAGUUUUAGUUUUAUGUGGCAUCUCUAUGACACACAAGCGUUAUAAUAAGAGUUGGAAUUUGGUGUAGAAGAAGAGAUUUGACAUGAUCCAAAACCUCACUCUGAAGUUUGCUAUUUAUUGGUUAGAUUUUUGGCUGUGUUCAAUGUUUGGUGCGUUAACACUGAGGAGAAGUCAUGAACAUGGUGGUUUGGGUGGGAAGCAUUAAUACGUUGAGGAGGAAGAGGAAAGAUCUUAGCGGACUCUAGUAUGACAACCCAUGUUUCUGGGCUACAGUACAGUAUAUAUAAAUAUAUAUUAGCAUGAUAUUUAUGAGUUCUAUGAUUUUUUUGUAUUCUAAGCGGUACUUCAACUCCUAUCUCUUUGACACUGUUCUUGCAUAUGUUGUUUGCGAUAGAUAUAUGCAAAUUAUCUGAGACGAGUGAGUCGCGACCCCUCGUUCAGCAUAUUCAAACACACAGAAAGCUGUUUUUCUGCGCCUCCCACAACUUUACUGUCCGCAAAAAAACAAACACAAAAACUUCCAUCUGGCUUCAUACACUGUUGGAAUCACUUCUCAACGUAGUGUGACAGUCAUUAAUGUCAUUGACUUCUGCUGCUUAACGAUGUCAUCUCUUCCUAAUGAACAAUUAGUACGAUAAGGUCUUUCUUCUCUCUGUGUUUAGUCUGAUCUCUCUCUGUGAAUUAUCUGUAAAGAAACCUUGUUCUUUGUCUGUGCUAACAUUGUGUGUGUAGCCUGCCCCCUAGUGUCUAUUGUGUGUACAGGCUCAGAUGAAGAGCUUACCUGUCGUAUGAUAACUUCAUUAUAUCAUAGUCUAUCCACAUGAAAGGAAAGGCCUUGUAAGAUAAAACAUGCAUUCAUGUUUUGAAUUCAUGAAAUCUCGAUUUUUAUGAAUAUAAGGUCUAAUUUGUGUUGCUGCCGAACAUUUCUAAGAGGUAUGAUGCUUUGGAAAGAUUUUCAACAUGCUGAAAUUGGCUAAAUUUGGCUUGGCGUGCUCAUUAAUUCACACAGGCCCUGAUAACAGGAGGCAGCACAAACUAGGCCUGCGAGUGGAUUUUAGAUGUAUGGAAUCAUUGUCGUUGUUAUUUAUAUACCUUCUUUCUAGAGAUGUAAUUAACUCUUUAAACUGAACUGAACUGAUCUGACUGACUCCAAUAAAAGGGACACUCAUUUUGACACCACGUCCAGGAUUUACAGCAAAAGGUUUAAAUGCAGGAAGAUGCUGCCUGUCUGCACAUGCACGCAUCUGCAUUUAAACCACAGAACUAAUUGAGUUAACCCACUAAAUGGAGAUUAAAGGGUGUUGGCCCUGUACUUCUUUCAUUUACAUUGGUAGUGGUGUCAGAUUUGCCUGAGUCUCCCUUUCGAGCCAGCAGUUGUUUUGUGCUCUUUUGAAAUUGCAUGACCAAUGUUAGUGGCUAACGCGUUUGACAAUGGUGAAGUGGCGAGGAAGAGCGAGAGAAAGAAAGCACAAUGUUGAAUAUUAUUAUUAUUCCUAUGUAUUUAUGUGCAAAGAUAAGCUGAUAUGUUGUGGUGGAUUUUUAUUUUUCUUAUAAAUGUAGAUUUACAUCUGUAUUGUUCAUGUUCUGCUGAAAAGGAC